UAAAUAUCACAUCUAAAAGGAGGUACAUUGCGUUGUUAGCAGAUAUAUGUAAAUAGCUGUUUGUAAUAACUGCAUGGUAGAUGAUACAAAAUCAUGUCUCAAUGUGAUUAUAUUUGUAUGAUUUAACAUAAUAAACCGACCAGGACAUUAAUUGUUAUCAACCGGUAAUGGAUGAAAUUAUUUAGUUUAUGAUAUCAGUAGAUUAAAAUUUUGUCAAUGCUUGUUUUCUUUUUCUUCUUCUUUUUUUUGUUUUAUCUGUGAUAAAGUUUUGAAUCAUACGUUAUUUCAAAAACUAAGUUAUUUUUGUUUUGUUGCGUGUGUCUUCCUUAGACUUCUUAUUUAUGUGACACUAUUAUCAUGUUUAUGUUAUGUUUAUAGGAUUGUAUUACAUUUCAUAUGACCCGUGAUUAAAUUGACCAUCUGUACAAUGAUCUUAAUUAAUGCUCAUAAAAAUACAAUAUAAAAUCUUAGUUUCUUGCAAUAUUUGAAUGAUGCGAUUUCAUCUUACGGGAAAAAACUAACGCGUGUUCUUAAAUGUUUAAAGAUUAUAUUAAUUUAAAGUGUAAGGACACAAAGGAAGACACAUUCGUUAUGGAUCAACAACAGCUACAAGACAUAAAUCAAGAACACUCAUUGUCAGACGGUGACGGAAAUUGGAUUUGGAAGUCAGUGUUAAUGAUUUUGGUUAUUGGAUUUUUUGUGUAUUUAAUCAGUAAAAAAAGCCAGAAGAAAGUUCAGAUAUUUAUACCAAUGCAAACAGAAAUGACUGCAAAGUCUUCGUCGGCGAUUGCUGCUCUUUGCAAGGACUUAUCAUAUGAAGGUAUUAUAUGCGAUGAUGUUGAAAUGUUUCUCGAGAAGUUUCCUAUUGUUGUUGUGUGCCCAAUAUCUUCUAGGUUUGAACCGGACAUUGACCUUGCAAUUCAUGGAAUAAGUAUUAUGAAUCCAUUUGUAGUUCUUCUUCUUCACACUUGUCUAGAAAGUUCUCUUCCUAGAUUACCAACAUCUUCGAAACUCUACCACAAGGAAAAGUACAGAAACAUUGAAUUCAUUGACAUCGCUUACAACAUGGAUGAUAAAUUAUAUCAGUGUCAGAUGAAUAAAAAUGCAAGACUCCAGCUACAAACAUUCUUAGGCCGAUUUUUCAAGGCAAAUAAAAAGUAAUACGUUGUAUGUGUAUAUCAUAAACACAUUUCGUAUUGAUAGCGUAUGCGAGAUAAAGGAGCCAAAGAUAAAUAACUCAUCACGAGUAUUACUUGGCAGGAGUAAAAGAUGAAAGAGGUUAAAUAUAUUCUUGAACUUCGGCAUUAAGCAUUUUUUUAUUUAUUAUUUUUCUGUACUAUUUAAUUUGUUAGUCAACUUUCGGUAUUUGCUGAGUCAAUACAAGUAUGGUGUGUUUUAUAAAUGUUAUGUCGUACGAACUAAUCUUUAUUUCUACAUAAUGCCUAAAAAAUAUUAUUAAUAUACUUUAUGCAGAUAAUUGCAGAUAUCAGCAUUUCUGUGUAUGCUAUUUGCUUCAAUUAUAUGGAUUGUGUUACAUAUGUUAUACAUGUAAUAUGUUGUGUAAUUAUGUUUUGUGAUUUCAUUGAACAUAUGCAAUGCGUUUGAAUGUAUAGUUUUAUAAAAUGAUAUGCUUUUAAUAUUUCAUGAAUAAAAUGUACAUGUAUCUAUCUAUCCGUCUGUAUUAUAAAAAUGUACGUUUUCAAUUUAAUUGAAUGGACUGAUGUUCAUAAAACCUCAAUAUGAUUUCCUAUAUUUUUAGAAAAUCUAUAAGUGUUGACAUGUGUAAUCAACUUGAAAGUAAUUAAACUCCUGUGUGUAGUCAUUUUCAAUUAUAUUUCACACAUUUCAUUUAACAUUACUGACCACAACACAUGUAAUAGCUACAUGAUAAAGGAUCUUUAUGUUUCCCUUAUAAUAGACCCUUUAUUUAUUUCCUGGAAUUCCCAAAUAGUCGAUGUAUGUGUACAAGGAG